AUGCCGGCGACGGAGCAACUCGAGCAAAAACGGGAUUUCGUGGAGGUCCUGGAGGAUGGUGACCACCUGAAGCCGUCGGAUUCCGAGCUCGUCGACGCUGUGAACACUCUGAAGCUGCAAGAUCCGAAGGUCCAAGUUGAAGUCGCCGCCGGCGCUCCUGCAGCGGAUCCGAAGAACGGUGCCGGAGCCGCCAGUACUCCUGCAUCCAAGCCCAAGAACGGGAACGGCGCCGCUCAUACAUCCAAGUCCAAGAACACCACCACCAAGGAGAAGAAAAGGACCGGAGUUACUGUGGCCGUGGAGAAGACGAAGCAAAAGGACGGCCGACCCCCUCUUUCUCUGGCUUCAUCUCGAGAAGGUGCUGCUGCUGCUCUUUCCGGCCGCCGCUCCUCUUUUGCAGCCACAUCUUCGGGUGGAGGUGGUGCAGUAACUAAUACUCGGCCUCCUGGUACUAGCCGACCCCCGCAGGCGCUCGCCGCAGUUGACGAUGCAACAUGUGCGACGGUCGUGCGCGCGGGCGCCGCCGUGCCGGUGGGCGGCGACCGCGUCUGGUUGCUGGGGCCGCUCCUCGUGGCUUGCUUCUUUGGUGGCGUGGGCGCCAUGUUGGCCUCCGUGUGGGUGGGCGCCGACGUUCACCGGCGCCGUGCCACGGGCCACAUCGUCCUCGCCGUCGCCGUCGUGAGUCUCUUGGUCGGCAUCGGCCUCAACGACUUCGAUCCCCAGAUAGCCCUCAACAUCUUUGAUGUUAUCCUCUAG